CACAAAUAAACAAACUCCCUUUAGAGGUAGCAGUUGUGAAACGUCCCUAGUUUGUCCCAGAUCUCAACAGCUGUGGAGGAUCAGAGGACUUUACUGGGACUUCGCUCCUCAGAGACCAAUGUACAGCUUAAGAGGAUGUGUCUGGGAGUGUGAGAGGAAGGCCGUCAGUACAAUGGUUAUGUGCCUUCGUUCCUCCACCCCUUCUCUCUCUUUCGGGCUCUGAUCAUCCCCCUCGUUCAGUGGUGUUCUGGCCCUCUGGGUAGGCCACUGUUGGUGGUGGACAGGCGGACCGCUGAACUGAACCUAAAUGUCAGACGGAGACAAGAAUGGUGGUGACAAACCUGAAGCGCUCCCAGAGGUGUGGCCAGAGGCGGAGAGGGCAGAGAGCUUGGCCAGGGGCGCGGCCCUGAAGUGGGCAUCGGGUGUGUUCUGUCGCCCUGAGCAUCUGGAGAGGUUAGGACAGUACCGCAAAAGGGAAAGCCAGAGGACCUCGUCCAUCCAGUCAAGACUCAAGUCAGUGGUCCAGUCCUACCUAGAGGGGGUGGGCUGGGGUCUGGAGCAGCUUCGUGAGGCCCGGGAAGAGCUGAAAGAGGUGUCCCGUGCCCUGGGGAAGGCAGGGGUGGAGUCCAGCAGAAACGCAGAGGGAGUCAAGGCUCUGGAGAUGAUGCGAGAAGUCUCUGUCAAUCACUGUCAACUCCUUGCUGCUGUUAGCAACCUGCCACGCCUCUACUCUGUACAGAGCAUGGUAUCGGAGACAGAGAGGCUGGUAGAAUCUCGCCGGCUCCUGGAGGCCCACGCACGUCUGAUGGAGCUGGAGUGCUGGCAGGAUGACAUCCUGUGGCAGCUCCAUGGAGCAGGGGCCCCUGGGACAGCCCUCAGUGCCCAGGAUGAGGAGCUGGUCAGGAACUACUUCUCAGGCGUUGGAAAGCUGGUGGAGGCUCUGGGGAAGGAGCUGUGGGCAGUGGUGGGGAGUGGACUGGCUUUAGCCCGGCAGAACCCUACGCCGUUUGUGUCUGCUGUGAGGAUUGUGGAGCGAGAGGAGGCACUGGAUCAGGCCAUGCUGGAGGAGAGAGGAGGUGUAGGGGGGCACAGCAGGCCUCUUCCCUCUGGACGGCCACGCUGCUGGAGGGAGCGCUUCUUCCAAGUGUUGGAAGAGGCAGUGUCUGCACGUUUCCGUAGCGUCUCUUACCUGCACACCCGUGGGCCUGGCCUUGCAGGCCACCUGUCUGCCCUACAGCACGGAAUCAUGGGAGACCUGGCCACGGUGCGCCACCUGCUGGACCACUGCGUUCCGCCCCACUAUAACCUGACCAGGGCCUACCUCCGGGCCUGCCACCGCUGUCUACAGUCACACCUGGGCCAGGUCAGCGGAUGGGAGCUGGAGAGCGGGGAGAUCUUUGCUGUUCUUAACUGGGUUCUACACAUCUACAACAGCUCAGAUAUGAUGGGGCAUCCAGACCUAAUGGUGGAGUUGGAGUCAGAGGAGCUGGGACCCCUGAUCUCCCAGGAGUGUCUGGAACAGCUGCAGAACAAAUACGUACACAGUGUGCGGAAAAGUGUGUCUGAGUGGAUGCAUAAGGCCCUGGAGGUGGAGCUUACAGACUGGCAGAGAGACCAGGAACCAGACACAGACCACGAAGGCUUUUACCUCACCAGCCUGCCAACCAUCAUCACACAGAUGCUGGAGGAGAAUGCACGGGUGGCUCUGAUGGUUAGUGAAUCACUUCGGGAUCAGACCAUACAGAUGGGGCUCUAUGAGAUGGAGAACCUCCUCAAUAGGUUUCGGGAGGCUCUUGUGGAUUUUGGGAAGGAGCACCGCAGGGAUCAGAGCACAAAUCAAAACAAGUUCUACCUCCAUUAUCUACUGGCCUCUAUAAGCAACUGCAUCAUCCUCAAGACCUCCACAGAGAGUUUGCAGCAGCAGCUCUCGUCCCGUUCAGCCAGCCGGUUCUCCCGGACUCCCCCCGGCCCCCUGGCUGCUCUGGACCGAGCAGUGAGGAGGGCCUGCCGCCUGGUGAUGGACCAGCUGCUGCUAGAGCUCCAGCCCUUCUUGCAGGGACUACUGUCUCGCUCCUGGCUGGCCCAGGGAGACGUCACGGUUACCCUGAAGUUAUGUGGUGUCCUGGAGCGCCAUUUUGAGCUGUAUAGUCGUGUUCGCCCACCUUGCCGGCAGCGUUUGCAGGAAGAGUGUCAGUGGCUGACGGUGGUGGAGUAUGUGAGGGUGUUGAUGCAGAAGAGGCUGGUGUGUCGGAAUGCAGAGGAGCGGCGCCAGCUGGCCCAGAGAAUGGCACUGGAUGCCCAGCAUCUGAGGGAUCUCUUCCAGGGCCUGGUGGAAGUGGAGGGAUCAGUGAGUGAGGUGAACCCAAUGGCCUUACUGCCUGUUCUGGCUGACUUCAUCCGGCUUAAAGACCCUGGCAUGCUUACGCUUGAGGUGUCUGGACUGGUGGCCAAGUACCCUGAUAUCAGUGAUGAGCAUGUGUCAGUGUUGCUGGAUGUUAGGGGAGAUGUUUCCAGGGAUGUGAGGGGUACAGUUCUGGACCUCCUGGAGCAGAGCACUCCUCCUCUUCCUGCUGGCUACCGACCCAUCUUCUCUGACAUCCUGGUCCCUACUCCUAGCAUGCCAUUCUGUCUACCUACUGCCAAGUGUGCCUGACUACAAUUUUGCAGCCUUUAAAUCCACACAACACACAGCUUGUGAUUCAUAAAUUAUAUCAACUUUAUAAUACAUCCAUCCAACGCAUAGUGGAUUGUAUAUCAAGCUUGAUGGUCUGCAGAGUUCAAAUCUAUGUUUAUUGGUCUUGUACACAGUUUAGCAGGUGUUAUUGCAGAUGCAGUGAAAUGCUUGUCCAGCUUCACAGGGUGGUACUAUGGAUAUUGUCUGGUGAGAUGGUCUUAAUGAAUACAUUACAAUUCCAAUGUAAAUCAAUCCGUUUGAUGUUCUGAAUUGAUUGUUACCACAAGAAACUACCUACAGAACAUCGGGGGGCACCUGUAGUAAUGUGAUGUAUUUUACUGUAUUAUUCAUUGUAUGUAUAUUCAGAUGAACAAUACAUUCUAAAUGAAAAUCUGUGGA